AUGACUUGCGUUACCGACUUCGAUAUGGACAUGAAUGAAAUUGCAUUAAAUCUGCAACGCUAUAUUGACAACAAAUCACUGAUAAAGAAAUUCUCUCUCCCUCAAAUAUGCAAAAUUAUUUCAUUAAGAUCCAUUACAACUGAUCAAGCGUCAUACAUUUUUGAUGAAUGCAACUUCAGAUACGAUGCGAGCGAAAUCUUCCGUAUUUUCAUGGCAAUUAAAGUCAAUUUUGGACCGGACACUGAAUCAACACUCAACUUCCUUCACAGUAUGUAUCUUUCUCUUAAAGCCCCAAUCGUAAAAACAAUUUCUGAAGCGUUUGAAGAUAUGAAUAAGAAGAUUCUUUUAUUAGAAAAUCAGCUUCAAUUUAAAGAUGAGAGGAUACAACAACUGGAAGUUCAAUCCGGUAACUUUAAGAGUGUUGGAUCAUAUUCAACUUUUGAUAGCCUUUAUCAUGUUCCAUCACCUGGAAUUUCUCCAAACAAUUCUUCAUCAUCGCUCAAAAUAUCACCAUUAAUGACCACUCAAUCUUAUUUAAGUGGAGAAGUUGAUGAUGAACCUGAUAAAUCACGCAUACCAAGCCCAAAUAUUGACGCACUUAAGAAUCUUCAAAAAAUUGGUGCCGACUUCCAAAAUAUUUACGAUAUUUUAGAUAAAAGUGCCAAAGAAAAUGAUGUCGCCGCACUGAAAUACGCUGUUAAAAACGGUUAUGUUGAUGUUCGUGAUGGCUAUGGUUCAACAUGCAUGAUCAAAGCUUCGUAUUCAAACAACUUCGAACUUUGCAAAAUACUUGUUGAAUGCGGUGCUGAUUUCAACAAAAAGAGUCGAAAUGGAAAUACAGUUUUAUAUUUCUUUGCCAAGGAAGGAAAUCUGGAAGCUGUAAAAUACUUCGCAAACAUAAUUGACGUAAAUACACCCGAUAGAUUUGGUUUGACAACAUUGCAUGAAGCAUGUUAUUCAAAUCGACUUCAAAUUGUACAAUAUCUACUUUCCCUUCCUACUAUUGAUAUAAACAUCAAGGAUAUCAAAGGAAGAACGCCUCUCAAAAUAUCCUGGAUGGAAGAAAUUAGAAGAUUAUUAAUAGCUAGUGGAGCAAAAGAAUGA